GCAAGGACCAUGUCGCGACACAGAGAUGUGCGCAACCUAAAUGCGGACGACUACUACAUGGACGAGUACUACGAUGAUAUGGCCGACUCGCCGACGGAUGUGGCUAUUUCACCAGGCACCGCAGCCAUGUAUCUCAAGCCUGCUGACGGCGGCAGCAACCGGUCGGCGUUUCCGGAUCAGAGCUACUACCAGGGCGGCGACAACGAGUACUACGGUGACGAGUACUACGGUGACGGCGGCGAGUACUAUGACGAUGGUGGCGAGUACUAUGACGACGGCGGCGAGUACUACGACGGUGGCCAUGUCCACGCGCUGGAAGACGAGCCCACCGCUGGCAAGGGCGGCAAGGGCGGCAAGGGCGGCAAGGGCGGCAAGGGCAAGGGCAACAAGAAGGAGCUUACUCUCGAAGAGAAGCAGGCUACCGUCAUGCGGCGCGUGAACAAGUCCAACAAGUACCACACCCGCAAGGCUGUGGCCGAUGCCCUCGACGCGGCCGGCGGCGACGUCGACGCCGCCGUCAAGGCUAUCCUCAACCCUGCGCCCGCCCAUGAUUCUGGCAUCGGGGCGGCGCCCGCGACUGGUAUCAUGCUCGCGGACGAUGUGGAUGACGGUGACGGCGACGACGUCGACGACGAGCUGCUGCUGCUGGAUGCCAACCCAUUUCGGUUGGCGUCCAAGCCAGCGACGCUGCGAGCACCGGCGCCGCCGUCGCACCUCUUCCGCGAGCUCAUCCAGCCGCGGGCACCGGCAGCAGCAGCGCCGCUCCCGCCGUCGCUCGGAAGGACCUCGUUUGCCGCCGUGAGCCAGCACUCGCUGGCGGCCACAUUCAAUGCCAGCCUCUCUCCGUUUGACUUUUCCUCACCCUCCCCCGACGAUGUUGUGUUGGCAGCGCAAUCGGCUGCAUUUGAGCGGUCGUCCAAGGCCGCCGCCGCGAGCAAGACUGCCGCGGUCGACGACGGCCCGCCGGGCAUUCCCAAGCCGACCAAGGCCGCGGGCUCGUCGUCGCGCGGCGCAGUCUCGGACGUCGACAUGAUGGGCCUCGGGUCGAUGGUCGACUCGGAGUCGCGCGCGCAGGACGCAGCCGCUGAGGCCGCCGCCGCCGCCGCAGAGGCCGAGGCCGCCGCCAUUGCCGCAGAGGCCGCAGAGGUCGGCUCGUCGGCGACUACGCCGCGUUCGACGCCGGGCACGCCGCGGUCUGCCCGCCUCUUCAUCCGCCGAAGGACCAAGCUCAACAAGAAGAUCGGCAAGGAGAUCGAGGCUGCCCGCGCUGCUGCCGCGCCUUCCCGCUCCCCGCUCAACCUCGUUGUCGUCGGCCAUGUCGACCACGGCAAGUCGACGCUCAUGGGUCACGUGCUCUACGACAUGAAGCGGGUCACAGACAAGGAGUUCCACAAGUACGAGCGCCAGUCGGCGCAGCAGGGCAAGGGCUCUUUCGCCUUUGCAUGGGUCCUCGACGCCCACGAGGAGGAGCGCGCCCGCGGGAUCACCAUGGACGUCGCGGUCACCUGCUUCCAGACGCCCAACAAGGACAUCACGCUACUUGACGCGCCUGGCCACCGUGACUAUGUGCCCAACAUGAUCACCGGCGCCGCCCAAGCCGACGCCGCCAUCCUCGUCGUCUCAGCGGCCAAGGGCGAGUUUGAGGCAGGCUUUGAUGCCGAUGGCCAGACCAAGGAGCACACACACCUCCUCCGCUCGCUCGGCGUCCGCCACAUUGUUGUCGCUGUCAACAAAAUGGACGCUAUCGGCUGGGACGCGGACCGAUUCAACGCCAUCCGUGCCACCCUCAAGCGCUUUCUUCGCUCGAUGGGCUUCCGCUCGGUCCCGUUUGUGCCGCUCUCCGGCCUCGAGGGUGUCAACCUCCUCGAGCCCGCUCCCGACGCCAUGCCGUGGUACACCGGCGCGCCACUCCUGGCCACCAUCGACUCGCUCCCGCCGCCGGCCCGCGACGUCGACGCCCCGUUCCGCAUGCCCAUCACCGACGCCUACAAGCCGAUGGCCUCGUCCGGCGCCACCGUCGCCGGAAAGAUCGAGACCGGCACCGUCCGUCUCGACGACCAGGUCCUCCUCCUGCCCGGUGGUGAGAUCCACAUGGUCAAGUCGAUCACCGUCCGCGACGUCGAGGCCGCCAACUGGGCCGAGGCCGGCGCCAACGUCGACAUUGUUCUCCGCGACGCCGCCAUCACCAAUCUCGCCGGCGUGCGGUUCAUGUGUGACCCCGAGUUCCCCAUCCCCAUGACCUCACGGUUCAAGGUCCGCCUCAUCGUCCUUGAUGUCAGCAUCCCCAUCACCAAGGGCUACCCGGUGGUCGUCCACUACCACAACGUCAACGAGGAUGCAACCGUCUCCCGCCUCUGUCGGUUCCACCCCGCCGAGGGCUCUCCCGAGGCCGAGCAAUUCGCCGCCAAGGUCGCCGCCGCCGCCGCAGACGGCAAGCCGCCGCCGCGCCGCAAGAAGCCGCGGCGCCUGCUCUCCGGCCACGAGGCCACCGUCGAGAUCACCGUCCGCAGGCCCAUCUGCAUCGACACCUUUGCAAACUGCAAAGAAAUGGGCCGCAUCAUGCUCCGCGAGGCCGGCCGCACCAUCGCCUGCGGCGUCGUCACCAAGAUCUACGACGACAUCAUCGUGGCAGAGUCCAAUGACGACGCGGCCGCCGCAUCCUCCUCCGGUCCUGCUUUCGCUUAAGUGUGACCGUGACCACUGGCCAAGGAAGCGCGUAAAAAUGGUGCAGACGA